AUCACAAGUUGGUUUGAUCCCUUGUGUAUUAUUUGAAAAGACAAAUGGAAGUUGACUUUGAAAGGUUCUUAGUACUUGAAUGUGACAAUUGGUCCUGUAGUGGUAUGAGAAGAAUUCAAAGGGACUGGAGAUUUUCUGUAAAAGCUGGAUGCCAAAACCAGGUGUUCGGAUCAAAGGAGCUUUGUUUUUUUGCCAUGGUUAUGGUGAUACAUGCACUUUCUUCUUUGAAGGUGUUGCUAGGUACAUUGCUGCAGCUGGAUAUGGUGUUUAUGCUUUGGACCAUCCUGGUUUUGGUCUGUCCGAAGGAUUGCAUGGUUAUGUCCCAAGCUUCGAUGCAUUAGUUGACAACGUUAUUAAAAUUUAUACAAAAAUCAAAGGACGACCUGAAGUGAGAAGGUUACCUCACUUCAUAUUGGGACAGUCCAUGGGUGGAGCUGUUACUCUCAAAGUUCAUCUAAGGGAACCACGAGAGUGGGAUGGAGUAAUUCUUGUAGCUCCAAUGUGUAAAAUUGCAGAAGAUGUGGUUCCUCCCGCAGCAGUUUUGAAGGUAUUCACUCUUUUGUCAAAAGUUAUGCCAAAAGCAAAGCUCUUCCCACAUCAAGAUCUAUCUGAGUUAGCCAUCAGAGACCCCAGAAAAAGAAAAAUGGCCGUCUACAAUGUGAUUGGUUACAAUGACCAAACACGACUGAAAACUGGUUUGGAACUUCUAAAAGCAACUAAUGAAAUUGAGAAGCGAUUGGACGAGGUUUCAUCUCCAUUGCUGAUUCUUCAUGGAUUAGCCGAUAAAGUGACAGAUCCUUCAGUGAGCCAGUUUCUUUACAAGAAAGCUUCCAGCAUGGACAAAACUCUCAAGCUCUAUGAAGAAGGUUAUCACUGCAUUUUAGAAGGAGAGCCUGAUGACAGAAUACAUACAGUCCUCGGUGACAUUAUUUCAUGGCUUGACGCCCGGUGCUAAGUAAAGUUCAUUCUAAAAUUUCUGAGUAGAAGACUAGUAGCUUCUUCCUUCCUUUGCCUUCUCGUCCGUCACCAUUGCUUCUCAUCUCAAGCCUCAAAUGUCAAAUUUUUAGUUCAAUGCGGAAGAGAUUGGUGAAAUCCAAUUAAUAAAGUUUGGGGCAUUGUGUUUUU